CACAACAAUCUAAUGACGUCAGGCAGUGCGCUCAACGAUUUGAUUGGUGGAGCAUUGCUGAGGUCACAGUUUAACUUCCGUGUCACAGCUAACAUGGCGGAUAAAGAUAAGAAGAAAAAGGAGAGCAUCUUCGACUUGUCAAAAUACAUCGACAAGCCAAUUCGUGUGAAGUUUCAAGGAGGACGAGAGGCCAGCGGUGUUCUCAAAGGGUUUGAUCCUCUGUUGAACCUGGUGUUGGACGGGACAAUCGAGUACAUGCGUGAUCCAGAUGACCAGCUGAAGCUGACAGAAGACACAAGACAACUGGGACUGGUGGUCUGCAGAGGAACAUCCGUAGUGCUCAUCUGUCCUCAGGAUGGCAUGGAGGCUAUACCAAACCCAUUCAUACAGCAGCAGGAUGGCUAAUGCAGUCUGUCGCCUGCCGAGUUACAGACACACACAACUGUGCACAUGCUUGAAUAUUUUUGUGACGUUUUUGUUAUUUGUUUUAACCACAACAGUAAUAAGGAAUACAACAUAGCACAUUUCUGUUGUUAAAAAUCAAAAGUUGAUGAACAAAAGGACAGUUACCAGCACUUCACUUUUGUUUCUGUCUGUGGAGUGCUGAUUAGCAAAGAUUUGAGUUGCAAAGAGCCCACAAGUUUGGGAAGCGUUAACAGUACAGUUUUCUUUUUAGCCAGAAUAAGUCAACUUUUUACUAUUCUUUGUUGUUUUUGAUAAUAAAAUAAAAAUGUA